UAUCUUUCCGGAAAUGUACGAAAAUGAAACCUUACAACCAGUUUCAACCGGUCGCAAUGAGACAUUCACUAAAAUUGUACUUUAGAGCAAAAUACACUCACAGGUUUACUAGUACGGUUUGUAAUAGUAUUUGAAACAAAGAUACGUUGAAAAACAGAUUAAUAUUUGUAAAGGUGUAUGUUGGAAGAUUCUACAUUUCACCCUGAAUGUCAUUUGCAAGAGUGGAUGGGAUGAGGCAGCCUGUAGCAUUGUUCACUGGUCAGGUGAAUGGAAACAUGGCAAAUUUAGCAGAACAGGCAGAUCGACUUCUUGAUUUCAGUCAGAAGCUUGACAUUAAUGUUCUGGAUAACAUAGUAAAUUGUAUGUAUGUUGGAGAAGGGAGUCAGCAAAGAAUGGCUCAGGAUAUUCUUACCAAAUUGAAGGAGCAUCCUGAUUCAUGGACGAGGGUAGACACUAUAUUGGAAUUUUCAAAAAAUCAGCAAACCAAAUAUUAUGCACUACAAAUUCUAGAAAAUGUCAUAAAGACAAGAUGGAAGAUUCUUCCCCGAAACCAGUGUGAAGGUAUAAAGAAAUACAUUGUUGGACUUGUUAUAAAAACAUCUUCUGAACCUGAUAUUCUUGAGAGAGAAAAGGUGUACCUGAAUAAACUGAAUAUGAUUUUAGUCCAGAUUUUAAAAAGAGAAUGGCCAAAAAAUUGGCCCACUUUUAUCAGUGACAUUGUUGGUGCAAGCAAAACAAAUGAGAGUUUGUGUCAAAACAACAUGGCUAUCCUCAAGCUUCUCAGUGAAGAAGUAUUUGAUUUUUCAAGUGGACAAAUGACUCAGACUAAAGCUAAACAUCUGAAAGACACCAUGUGCAGUGAAUUUUCCCAAAUAUUUCAGCUUUGCCAGUUUGUUAUGGAAAAUUCACAAAAUGCACCGCUAGUUAAUUCAACUUUGGAAACAUUAUUGAGGUUUUUGAAUUGGAUCCCUCUUGGUUACAUAUUUGAAACAAAGCUGAUCAGCACUUUGAUCUAUAAAUUCUUGAACGUUCCAAUGUUUAGAAAUGUUACUUUGAAGUGUCUGACAGAGAUUGCUGGUGUAAAUGCUUCCCAUUACUCGGAUAUGUUCAUUUUGUUAUUCAAGCAGACUAUGACUCAACUUGAACAGAUGCUUCCCCCUGCUACCAACAUCAAAGAGGCAUACUCUAAUGGACAAGAUGAAGAGCAGAAAUUUAUCCAAAACCUCAGUUUGUUCCUCUGUACAUAUUUAAAAGAACAUGGUAAUUUGGUGGAGAAGCGUAAUGAACUUCAUGAGACUCUAUUAACAGCCCUACAUUAUUUAUUGCUGAUAUCUGAAGUUGAGGAGGUUGAGAUCUUUAAGAUCUGUCUGGAGUACUGGAACUCCUUAGCAGCUGAUUUGUACAGAGAAAACCCAUUUAGUGGAGUUGCCACAUCACCUGUUAUCCUUUCUUGUGGCCCUGGUACUCUUGUACCUCCCAGGAGACAACUGUAUCAACCUGUGCUUACUAAAUUAAGAUAUAUCAUGAUUGGUCGAAUGGCAAAACCAGAAGAAGUGCUGGUUGUGGAGAACGAACAGGGGGAGGUAGUAAGAGAAUUUAUGAAAGACACAGACUCAAUACAGCUAUACAAAAAUAUGAGAGAGGCAUUAGUUUACCUGACCCAUUUGGACUAUGUUGACACAGAACAAAUCAUGACUGAAAAACUCAGUAAUCAAGUUAAUGGAACAGAAUGGUCAUGGAAAAAUUUAAAUACUCUGUGUUGGGCUAUUGGAUCAAUUAGUGGAGCCAUGUAUGAAGAUGACGAAAAACGAUUCUUAGUAACAGUCAUCAAGGAAUUACUAGGAUUGUGUGAAGGGAAAAAAGGAAAAGAUAACAAAGCAAUUAUUGCUUCUAAUAUAAUGUAUGUCGUGGGGCAGUACCCGAGGUUCCUAAGGGCUCACUGGAAGUUCUUGAAAACUGUUGUAAAUAAACUGUUUGAAUUUAUGCAUGAAACCCAUGAUGGUGUACAGGACAUGGCUUGUGACACGUUCAUCAAAAUAGCCCAGAAGUGUAAACGUCAUUUUGUGCAAGUUCAGCUUGGUGAGGUUAUGCCAUUUAUUGAAGAGAUUUUAAACAACAUUAACAGCAUCAUAUGUGAUCUUCAACCUCAGCAGGUCCACACCUUCUAUGAAGCUGUGGGAUCAAUGAUUAGUGCACAGACAGAUCAGGUAGCUCAAGAGCACCUUAUAGAAAAAUACAUGCUUCUUCCUAGUCAGGUCUGGGAUGAUAUAAUCAACCAAGCCACAAAGAAUGUUGAUGUACUGAAAGAUCCCGAAGCUGUUAAGCAGCUUGGUAACAUCUUAAAAACUAAUGUUCGAGCAUGUAAAUCAAUUGGCCAUCCUUAUGUUAGUCAGUUGGGAAGGAUAUACCUUGACAUGCUGAAUGUCUAUAAAGUAAUGAGUGAAAAUAUCACUGCAGCCAUUUCCCUGAAUGGAGAAGUAGUUACCAAGCAGCCUCUAAUCAGAAGUAUGAGAACAGUAAAAAAAGAAGCAUUAAAGUUGAUAUCAGGAUGGGUUAGUCGUUCAACAGACUCUCACAUGGUGUUGGAGAAUUUUAUACCACCACUCUUGGAUGCCGUGUUACUGGACUAUCAGCGAUGUAGUGUCCCUUCAGCUAGAGAACCAGAAGUCCUGUCCACUAUGGCCACAAUUGUCAAUAGGUUAGAGGGAAAUAUUACACCUGAAAUCCCUAAAAUAUUUGAUGCAGUGUUUGAGUGUACUCUGGAAAUGAUCAACAAAGACUUUGAAGAGUUUCCUGAACACAGGACCAAUUUCUUUCUACUACUUCAAGCAGUUGUAUCACACUGCUUUCCUGCUCUACUAAACAUCCCUCCUGCACAGUUCAAGUUGGUGCUAGAUUCUGUCAUCUGGGCUUUUAAACAUACUAUGAGAAAUGUGGCUGACACAGGUCUUCACAUCUUAUAUCAGCUGUUACAGAAUGUUAGCCAAGAGGAAGCUGCUGCUCAAAGUUUCUACCAGACUUACUACACUGAUGUCUUACAACAUUUGUUUUCUGUUGUAACAGACACAUCACACACUGCAGGUCUGACUAUGCAGGCAACUAUUCUUGCAUACAUGUUCACUUUAGUUGAAGUUGGAAAAGUUUCUGUUCCACUGAAUCCCACAGUACAGAAUAAUGGCCAGAAUAAUGUCACUUAUGUACAAGAAUUUGUGGCUAGCUUACUUAAGAUGGCCUUCCCUCAUCUUUCACAAAAUCAAAUAAAAAUUACUGUUCAGGGGUUCUUCAAUCUUGAUCAGGACAUUCCUGCCUUCAAAGAACAUUUAAGAGAUUUCUUGGUCCAGAUUAGAGAAUUUGCUGGAGAAGAUGACAGUGGUCUAUUUCUGGAAGAAAGAGAAACAGCUCUUCGGCAAGCUGAGGAAGAGAAGAGGAAAAUUCAGUUAUCAGUUCCAGGAAUUUUGAACCCGCACGAGAUUCCCGAAGAGAUGCAAGACUGACCCUGUGCAACUGCAGUAAAUGCACUCUGCCACUGUUAUAACAUUUUUUCAUCACCCCAUUGUUAAACUUUAUGGAAGACCCCUAAAUUAUGUCUGAAAGUUUUAUAUUAAUCUUGUCUUACAUGGAACAACUUUUGAGUGAAUGAAAUUAUUCUGGGCAGUGUUUUCGGUCUUGAGUGCUUGUAUGCAACAGAAGGAUAUCAUUUUAUGUUGGAAGCCACGAGAGUCCAGUUAUUACAUAUAAGUGGGUAUGUUAACAUUCUUCCCUUCUGUGGACAAACAAAAAUCACUAAUUGUUGACAUUGUCUUUUGUGGAACACUUGUUUUACAUGGCCUUUUUUUUUUAAGAGCAUCAGUCUAAGUUUCAAGUGAACUUUACAUCAUCACUCCCAAUAAAUAUGUGCAGUAUGCUUGAUGAAUGUUUCUCUACCUGCAGAGUAUGUUGUGUUACAUGAAGCAGAUGAGUGAACAAGUCAAAGUGAUGGAAUUUAGGGACGGUAUGUGGAAUUAAUAGCUAAUAGGAGAGUCUUGUCUUGAUCUGGUGUGUAAGUUAAAAAUGUAUGAAAACUGUGUAUGAUAUUGAAAAGUCUGAAUCCAGUAUGAAUAAAGUUUUACAAAUAUAUAGUGUUUUACAUAUUCUUAGGUUUAAAACUAUUUUUGUGUCUGUUUGUCAGUUUCUUUGAAUUGCAAAAUUGUGUUUUAAUUUCUUUAUUUUUCUUAGAAUAACAUUUAUAAGUUCAUACAUGUAGUCAUUAGGGCUGCAAAACAAACUUUAUAAGGAAUAAAUUAGUAUGGAAUUUAUUUUAAAAAGACUUAAAAUUAAUAUGAAAUAGUUGUUCAGUGGAUUAGAAAAACUGAUUUGUGUUGUAUUCUUUUUUCAGAGUGAAGUGCAGAAAAUGUAAGAAUGAAAAAAAUUUAGCAUUUAUAUUACAUUGUCAUUUCUUUUGGUAGUUCAUCAGAUAAAUGAUUAGAUGAUAAUUUCCUUACUUCAGUUUAGAUUUGUGAUUUAAUGUUUUUCAUUAUGUGUUUUUGUAUUUUGAAUUAGGACCACUGUUUAUUUAUUACAAUAAUGAAUCAUUUUCAACUCAUUGUUUUCAGUUUUCAAACACUGAAUAUACAGAAAAGAGUUGCAAAUUAAUCACAUUUUACUUCACUUUUGUGCACUAAUUGUUGGGAGGGAGUAAUCCACUUUAGAAAUUAAUGUUGCUUCACUCAGAAGCUUCAUGUUGAUAUCCAUCAUUAUGGACACUAUUUAAAUGUGUAACUGAAUUAGCAUUGAACAUAUUAACUGAAAGGGAAACGAGUUCACAUGAUUAUGUUACUUUGUGUGUGUGUGUGUAGUUGGUAUAUGCUUCUGUUACCUGGCUUGGUAUGAUGAGGAUGAUAGUAGGAACAAUGUGUCUCAUGUUUGUAAAUUAGUAAUUUUUGAAAUAAAAAAAAAAUCAGAACUUUA